AUACGCAACGGUUGUGCGAGUCGAGUGGUGCGAUGAUCCGGCGAGAUUAUGGUCCGGCGACCGAUGAGCUUCCGGCGGAUAGGCGUCCGGAGCGUCAAAAGCACGGUUCGAGGUACGAACCUUUGGACUGCGACAUUGGCGCAAGCGGUGGGAGCCCUGUUGCUUCCAACAGUCGCCUGGCUGGUACCAUUGAUGGAAGGGCGCCUUCCGCAGAAGUUGAACUAAAGGCAGAACGGGAGCGUAAUGCUGUACUAACGUCCAAGUUGAAGAAGAUGAAGGCUCGAAAUAGGGAGCUGAUAAACUCAAAAGUUAGUGGCCCAUCACCCAGGUAUUCGCGUAUUCAGUCUACUAAUACUUCUGACAAUCAGCAAACUGAAAACGAGUCACUAUCUGCUUCUAUGAAUAACCUGUCAUUCGCUACCCUGAACGUUCCGGAAUGUAAGCCCUUGAACGAUGAGGACGAAAUUGAUAAAAGAUCUUUUGAGACUUGGCGCACAUUGUUGGAGGCUUCUAUGCAACUCGUAGGAGUUACGAAUGAGAGAAUUAAAAUGAGUAUUUUCCAAAUCAAAGCUGGUCCUAAGCUUCUUGAUAUUUUGGAGAAUACGAGUUCCUCAUGUAGCUCUGCAAGUUUUGACAUUUCUCCGUAUUCGAAUGCUAUGGAUCGCCUCCGGGAUUAUUUUGGUUCGCGGGAUUAUACCUUGCUACAACGACAAAAGCUUCGUUCCCUUACUCAGAUGAUUGGGGAAUCGGAUGUAAAGUAUGUGAAGCGGGUUAUCAACUUAACUAAAUUGUGCGACUACAAUGAGAGCCAAACUCUGGAGAACGUUGCGGAUGUCAUUCAAUCCCAUGCGCUCAACCUGAACGUUCGCGAGUUAGGUAGGAAAGUACUGAGAAAAGGUGGCACCAUUCCAGCAUUAUUAGAAAAGUUCGAGCCAUUGAAAUUGGCCAACUGA